AAAAAAGGUAAAAGAAAAAGAAAACCGAAAGCCAGCAGCGAAAAAUUCGCGGAAAAUCGUGUGCGUUUCAUUUGGCACAACACAAAAAAAACAACAACAACAAAAUGUCCGGCAACGGUUUCGAUGAAAAUCCAUUUGGUGAGCCCAAUCUGGAUAAUCCAUUUGCGGAUCCGGCCAUACAGCAGGCGACGCGCAUGUCCACCAAUGUCUCACUGGAGGAUUACAAUCCGUUUGAGGAGCAAGCGAAGCCCCAACUGCAAAUCAACUCAACCAAUACGGCGGCCGUCGUGCAGCCUCUCUCACAGAACAUUCCGCCCCGCCAGCCCAAUUUAGCGGGCGGCGCUGCUCCCAGCACCAGCAUACAAAUCACCUCCGAGGAGCUGCAGCGCCGGCAGGAGGAGCUGGAUCGCAAGGCAGCCGAACUGGAUCGCCGCGAACAGCAGCUGCAGGGCAAUGUGCCGCAGCUAAAUAAUUGGCCACCGCUGCCGGAUAAUUUUUGCGUGAAGCCGUGCUUCUAUCAGGACUUCGAGGUCGAGAUACCGCCCGAAUUCCAAAAGCUGGUCAAGCAUUUGUAUUACAUCUGGAUGUUUUACACUCUGACGCUGGUGGCCAAUAUUAUCGGAGGUCUCAUAUUGCUAUUUCAUGCGGGCAAAGUAUCCAAUCUGUUUCUGGCCAUUUUCUAUACUGUGCUCUUUACGCCCGCUUCAUACGUGUGCUGGUUUCGGCCCGCUUAUAAGGCAUUCCGUAACGAUUCGAGCUUCAACUUUAUGGUCUUCUUUUUUGUAUAUUUCUUUCAAACGGUCUACACGGUCGUCCAGGCCGUUGGCCCCAAGCAAUUGGGCUAUUGCGGCUUUAUAACGGCCAUCGAUCAGUUCGAGGGCUCCGCCUCGGGCAUUGUUGUUGGACUGUUGCUAUUGAUAAUAGCAUUAUGUUUUGCCAUCACCGCGGGCGCCAAUGUACUGAUGAUCAUGAAGAUACAUACCAUCUAUCGCAGCACUGGGGCCAGCAUGGAUAAGGCCAAGGCGGAGUUUACCACAGAGUUUUUGCGCAAUCAGCAUGUACAGGAGGCGACCUCGUCGGCAGUUAGUUCGGCGGUUAAUUCACAGUUCAACAAUAGCAGAUAUUAAGCGGCAAACGAACGAUCAAUCAAUCAAUCAAUAAAUCAAUCAAUCAAUUUACCAAUCAACCAAACAACAACAAAUAGCACAGCAAAGCAACUGAAACACAGCCAGGCCAAGCAAUUAAAUUAAAGCAAAUCUAUACGCAGCACUAAACUACAUUUAUAAACUAUAUAUAAAAUACUUAUAUAAAUUCGUAUGUGUACAUGUAUAUAUAUAUAUAUACAUAUAUUUAAACGUAUAUAUGUACAUAUACAUAUAUGCAUAGAGCAAGGCUUUUAGCGUACAUAGCGAAAGCAUAAUUAAUAACAAAGUGCUUUGUGCAAUGAAGAAUAACAAAAUAAUACAAUUCCUAAAAUGCGGACGUCCUUAUUACAAUUAGCUACUGUAAUAAACUAUAUAAAACAAUAUAUAUAUAUAUAUAUAUGUGGAUUUCUAACUGAACGCGGAUAUGAAAUCUGUUAUGGCAAAUGGAAAGAGAAAAACGCAAAAUGCACUUAAAGCACAUGCAAAACGAUAAUAUACAUAUAUCUAUAUCUAUAUAUUUAUUGUAGAUGUAUAUGUAUAUGUAUAUGUAUAUGUAUUUAAAAUAUGUACUUACUUUAGAAGUACGCAAGAGUUGCUUCAAGUUAUUGUGUUUCGCAAAAGUGUCCUAAGAAAUGAUUAAGCUAUGAAUUUAUUGAAACCUAAUGCUAAAUGCAAUUCAAUUGAGCGCGGCAUAUUGUUUAACUAAUGCAAACAUUGUUCGGGCGCUGGCAAAAAGUUAAAAUAUAAUAAUCAACAGCUAUGUGUAUCUAUAAUGAAAUUGAUAAUGAAAUUGCUGAUGAUGAUGAUGAUGAUGAUGCGGAUAAGAAUUAUGAUAAAUAUUGCUGAUAAUAUGAUGUUUUCUAGUUCUUUAAGUCGAAACCUUUACGAUAUGCAUACAACAGCCACACACUCUACACACACACACACAC